UAGGAAGAGAUCUGUAAGCUUCAUGCUGUUCUGACUGCGGACGAGGAAACCCCAGUGCAGAAAGUACGUACAGCGUGCGCGCGUGUCGCGAGAUCUACGCAUGCGCAAACAAUUACGACUAGAGCCGAAAUUAUGCGAAAUUCGCUCUGCUCGCGUGUAAUAUUGAAAUACCUGCUCGGGUCGAGCGAGCUCAUCAGCCGAAGCAUGGCGGUGCAGGGCGAUGUGGAGGGGGAAGAAAUGCUGGCCGAGUGGUCCCGAGACCUGGAAGCGGUCCUCUACGAGCAAGAGGUUGAGGAAGCCAUCAGAGAGGUGUGCCCCACGUCCGACCCACUAGACAGCAAAGACUUCGACGCCAUUGACUACAUCAACCAGCUUUUCCCCACAGAGCAAUCUCUGGCAGGUAUAGACGACACCAUGACUAGGAUGAAGGUCAAAGUCCAAGGUCUGGACGAGGAGAUCCGGACCAUAGUCAGAGGUCAGGCUGACAUGGGUCAUGACGGGAGACAGGCCCUGGAGGAGGCUCACCGGACAAUAGAGGAGUUGUUUGGGAGGAUCAAGAACAUCAAGGAGAAGGCCGAGCAUUCAGAGCACAUGGUGAAGAAGAUCACCAGUGAUAUAAAGCAGCUGGACAACGCCAAGCGCCACCUGACGGACUCAGUCAGAACUCUGGAGCGACUCCGGUUCCUCAUCACCUGUCUCGAAGACCUGCAGAGAAACUUCCGACAGAGGAACUAUGCUGAGGUGUCCACUCAACUCCACGGAGCAGUGGGCGUGGUCGAGGAGUUCAAGGAAUACAAGAACAUUCCUCAAGUCAGAGAGCUCAUGGCCAGGUUGCAGUCAAUACAGGUGGACCUCGGUCAACAGAUAAAGGUUGAUUUCGAGCGAGCAUUCUCCACCAAGGGAACACCAGUAAGGACAAAGGCAGAGCUACAUGACGCCUGUCUGGUGAUGGAGACACUAGGAGGACCUGCAAAAGACAGUCUCAUCCAGUGGUUUGUGAGGCUACAGUUGUCGGACUACGAGGUGAUGUAUCACGAAAGCCUCGAGGUCGCCUGGCUUGACAAGGUGGAUCGACGCUAUGCGUGGCUGCGUCGAACUCUAGUCACUUACGAAGAGGAAUGCUCCAGUAUAUUCCCCAGUGACUGGGGCAUCUCCGAGAGAGUGGCCAUCGAAUUCUGCAACAGUACAAGAGAAGCACUGACCAAUCAGAUGAGCUCGAAGGCCGGGUCACUGGACGUCAAGUUGCUCCUCUACGCCAUCCAGAAGACGACCUCGUUUGAGAAGACACUGGCACAGCGCUUCAUGCAGAGCUCCUUCAUGGAGGAGAAAUAUCCAUCCCGUCAGUUCAAGACUCUGCCAACAGAAGUGGGGGAGAGGAGGAGGAGGAGGAGGAGGUGGGAGGAAGAAGAAAGAGAAGAAGGAUGUUCUCUGUGUUUCACAGAAUGAUUUCUCGCUGUUUUGAGCCUCAUCUCAACGUCUACAUCACCUCUCAGGACAAAAACCUGUCUGACCUGAUCGAGAACUUUGUCUCCGACACCAAGUCUCGUGGGCGUGUCCUCGGAGCCGGGGAGGGGGGCGGGGCUGUAUUGCCGAGUGCCUCGGAUCUCUUCAUCUUCUACAAGAAGUGUCUCGUUCAGUGUGUGUCUCUGUCGACGGGGCCAGCCCUCCUGGACCUGACUGAGCUGUUCAGACGAUACCUCAGAGAGUACAGCUCCAAGAUACUCUCUACUUCCCUCCCCAAAGUGAGCAGCAGCGGCAGUGGCACGAAGCUGACCCUCUCUCUGAGGAAGGAGACGAUCCCAGACAACAGUCUGAGUAGAGAGGACCUCGCGACGACCUGCGUUCUCCUCUGUACCGCUGACUACUGCCUCGACACAACCUCACAGUUGGAGACUAAGUUGAAAGAGAAGAUUGAUUCGAGUCUCGUGGAGAAGGUAGACUUCUCUCAGGAGCAAGAGAACUUCCACAGUCUCAUCAGCAGCUGUACUCAGCUACUGGUGCAGGAUAUGGAGAACGCUUGCACUGUCGCUUUCUCUGCCAUGGUCAAGGUACCGUGGCAGGCACUGGAGGCCGUGGGAGACCAAAGUGCCUACGUCUCGUCAAUAGUGGCCCACGUUCGCAGCACCAUACCCCUCAUCAGAGAGAACCUCACUCCGGCUCGAAAAUACUUUGUCAAUUUCUGCCACAAACUUGCAAAUGCCGUUAUUCCGACUUUCAUAACACACUUGUACAAGUGCAAACCAAUAAGCACAAUUGCUGCCGAGCAGCUGCUACUAGACAGCCAUUCGCUCAAGACGAUACUGCUAGAACUCCCUUCAGUGGGAGCAGCCGUUGCUAAGAAGCCACCUGCCUCUUACUCCAAGCUGGUCCAGAAGGGGAUGGAGAAGGCAGAGCUCAUUAUCAAAGUGGUGAUGGCACCUCACGAGCAUGCAGAGGAGUUCCUCUCCUCCUACAGCAAGCUGAUGGUUGGAGACACGGACGUAGCCAACUUCCAGAAAGUUCUAGAGAUGAAGGGCCUGAAGAGAAGCGAACAGCACACUCUGAUCGAUCUCUUCAAGACAAGGGUGGCGUCGGCAGUGGGCGGGGCUGACCACACCCGGGCCCACCACACAGACAAAUUAAUUCAGCCAAUCAAGAAACUGGAAAAAUGAUGAGAUUUUAGCAGAGGUCAUCACUUGCUAUCAUAGGAGAUUUAGUGUUUGUCGUUUUUUUCACGGAAAAAAUAUAUUUCUUCUUUAAAAAAUCACGGAAAAUUGUGACAAUUAAUAAAAUGGUGACUAUUGAUCUGUGACAAAAUUUCUGGGAUGCACUUAACAAUAACUUGACAAAAAGAAGUUGGUGGUAACGGUCUGCAUGUGUGUGUGUGUGGUGUUGGUCAUAAAAACAUGACGUUAAAUAGAUCGGAAACAAUGGGAUGAUGAUGAUAAUUUAUAUCACACACAAGUGAUAAUGAGAGGGUCAAACUUCUUGAGAGAAGAGGGAGGGAGGGGGACCUGCCCCGGUUCAUGAAGAGAAGAGGGGUAUAUAGGUGGAAGAGAGGGAGGGAGGGAGGAGCCAAGCUACCAGUCCAAGAUUCCGGGACAGUACUUAUCAAUGAGUGUUUGGUAGUAGGGUACCAGAGCAUCCACAUCUGGUUCGACAUCUGCCUUGGAGUACAGGUCAAACUUACUGAACUCCAGGACCCAUGGCAGCUGGUUGAGGUCCUCUUCGCUGCAGAGGUGGUUGUAGGCCUUGGCCGUGUGCCACGGGUAAAACGAGUGGAACCGGAUGAUGUAGAGAGCAGCCGGUGGUAGCGUGGCGCCGUUCCGUACCAGAGCCUGGUAUAGGUACUCGUCGUGUCCAAAUGACAUCAUCACGUUGUUCAGACCACAGUUUGGCUGGUAUAUUCCAUACUUGGUGCUGUGGAUGGAAGCAUUUCCUCUUUCACAAUACCUCAGCUAUAGCCAUAGAGCUAUUCACAAGGUGAUAAUUGCAUAGCAGUGGUGUGUUCCUCUAUCACAUGAUUCACUUCCUGUCACAAGGUACACCACGCCCCUCUGACACCCUCUGCACACUAGCAAUGUAUGUAUGUAUGUAUGACCUUCGUAAACCAACAAGAUCUCUACUCCCUGCUAGUGGUGGUUUACAGUAAUGAGCAUAGCAAGCUGGCAUAUACAGUUCCG